UUGACUGAAAGUAGAAUAAUUUAUAGAAAGGGUGCGUGAGUGAGUGAGGCAAAACAUUGAAAUGUCGGAUUAUGAAUAAUUGUUUAAAUUAAAUUAUGGAGCUGACAUUCUGCGUACUAGUUUUAAUUAUAGCUAUACUUUUGCUGUAUCGAUUAAUCCGUAAAAGGCACAAUUUCAAUGACUCAGGCAUACCUCAACCCCCGGAAACAUUAAUAAUCGGCUCUACUGGCUUAAACAUCAUCAAGAGACUUCAUCUAUCCGAUAUCGUGAAAAAAUGGUACAAUUACGACAAGGACGCAAAAUACAUCGGACUGCACUUGCUGAUGCAACCCGUGAUCAUGCUUCGCGACGUCGAUCUCGUCAAAACCAUUCUGAUCAGAGAUUUCGCUCAUUUCACCGAUCACAAGUCGAUCAUGAGCGAGUCUCUGGAUCCGUUGCUGGCGAAAAAUCUGGCGAUGCUCAACGGCGACCGAUGGCGCGAGGUGAGAAACAUCCUGAGCCCGUCGUUCACGUCGAAAAAAAUGAGGGCGAUGUUCGAGUUGAUGUCCAGCUGCGCGGAAAAUUUCGUCGAUAGUUUUUUGUCGAGGCACGCGAAUAACACGGAGGAGGUCGACACGAAGGAGGCUUUCACCAAGUACACCAACGACGUGAUCGCGAGGUGCGCGUUUGGAAUCGAGAUAGAUUCGAUCAAAGAUCCGGAUAACGAAUUUUAUCGGAAUGGGCUGGAAUUCGUAAAAAAUAGUCAGUCUAGAGUGAGACAUAUUGUUCUGGCUAUGAAGGCGGUGAUUAUUAUGAAGUUUCCAAGGAUGGCUGAUUUGUUUAAAAUGAAAUUGAUUUCGGAAAAAUACAGUAAUUUUUUCAUUCAAGUUAUUCAACAAGCCAUCGACUUGAGGAGUAAAGGAAACGUUAAUCCUCCAGAUAUGCUUCAAUUGAUGAUGAAUGCUCAGGAUAAGACAGACGACAAGCCGAAGUUGGACGCAUUGGACAUCACUGCUCAAGCAUUUGUAUUUUUUCUCGGAGGAUUCGAAACAGUCUCGAGUCACAUGUGCCUCAUGGCUCACGAGAUCGCGAUCAAUCCGGAUGUUCAGGAUAAAAUUAUGCGAGAAAUCGAGACGACUUUGAAUAAAAAUAGCGAAAAAGUGACGUACGACGCUAUCGUGCAAAUGCCCUAUUUGGAUGCAGUUUUUCAAGAGACCUUGAGGCUUCAUCCUCAAGCGACGAUGCUCGGAAGAGUGUGCACCAAACCCUACACCCUGCCUCCCGCUCUUCCAGGCGCCAAACCCUACGAUUUGGAAGUCGGCCAAGAAAUCGUCGUACCGGUCAGCGGAAUUCACUCGGAUCCGGACUUGUUCGACCAUCCGGACCAAUUCGAUCCGAACAGAUACUUUUUGAAGGCUUCGCAGAACGCGCACGCGAUCGAUUUGGGAUUUGGCUUGGGUCCGAGAAUGUGCAUCGGAAACCGAUUCGCUAUUUUGGAGACCAAAGUGCUGUUUUUUCACUUGCUGAGGAGGUGCCACUUGAUUCCGUGCUCAAAAACUUCCAUACCUUUGAAGUACUCGGUCGAUACGAUACAGCCGAUUCCCAAGGAUGGAUUUUGGUUACGGGUCAAACCGAAAUUGUAAAAGUGAAAUUCAAGAGAUUGAAAAUUUCCGGAGUACUGAAAUCAUUCAAAUGUAUAAAUUUACUAUAUCUAUCUUCUUUAAUGUAUUAUUUCUAGUCUUACAGCGUUUCUAAAAAGAUAAAUUUAUAAACACAAGUGUUUUGUUAAAAUGUGAAAUCGAAUUGUACCUCGAAGUUUUUACUUAAUUUAUUUCCUAAUUAUUAUUAUCCAUGAAAAUAACUUGAGAAACAUCGAGGCAAAAAAUUAUAUUCUUAGGAAAAAGAAUAUAUUUGUUUAUAAUUUAUAACUCAUUUAAAUAAAUAAAUUAUAAAAAUAAAAGUGAUCUUUGAUAUAAGUCGGUAUUCUUGUCGGGUUUAUUCGGCAACGCACACUUACAACUUGAAAUUGAUUGAGCACAUUCGACCAAUAUAAUAUUUAUAGAAAUCUGUAAUUUUUGUAAUAUAUAUAGAAAUCUAACAUUUUUUUGACACUUGCAGAUUUACAAUACUCCAUCUGUUGAUGAACUCGAAAAGCUCACAAUCACAUAUGACAGUUUCUAUUACAAUAAAUCUUGUUACAACACAAUGCGAACUCUGGAAUAAUAAUGCUUACAUUUUUCUCGAAAAUAUAACUCAGUCCUAAAAUCAAUAAGCAACUUUGUAAAAAGAGCUAUUGAAAGUGAAACUUCAA